UCUCUUCCGGUCGCAGGCGCUUCGGGAGCCGCCGAUUACUGUCCAGCCAUGGCCAAGUCCAAGAACCACACCACACACAACCAGUCCCGGAAAUGGCACAGAAAUGGCAUCAAGAAACCCCGGUCACAAAGAUAUGAAUCUCUCAAGGGGGUUGACCCCAAGUUCCUGAGGAACAUGCGCUUUGCCAAGAAGCACAACAAGAAAGGCCUGAAGAAGAUGCAGGCAAAUAAUGCAAAGGCCAUGAGUGCACGUGCAGAGGCCAUCAAGGCCCUGGUGAAGCCCCAGGUGGUGAAGCCCAAGGUGCCAAAGGGUCCCACCCGCAAACUCACUCGUCUGGCUUUAAUUGCUCACCCCAAGCUUGGGAAGCGGAUUAGAAACUACAUGGCCAGGGGUCGUAGGCUCCAAAAAACAAAGCCCAAGGUUCAAGCCAAGGCAGAGGCCUAAAGGUGCCCAGGCCCCUGUGAAGGCCCCAUAAAAAAGGUCUCAGUCUGCCGAUGUGAAGACAGAUGGACUGGUGUGAACACCUACACAGUAUUUGCAGAUGUUCAGGACCUAAUGCUGUUUUUACAAAUAAACUUGAGGCAAGUUC